CUCUUAUCAAAUGGCUCUUGUCAAAAUUGCUACCAUUACAAGAGUUGCCAACUAUUCGACAUACCACUUUGCAUGUCACUGGUAAAUUAUAUUCAGAGGCAAUCUCAACCAUGAAAUUAUCAUACCAAAAAUAUGAUUUCACUGUUAAUUUCAUGAGUGGAAAGGUGAGCCAGGAUGUGAAGAAUUCGUUUAAUUAUACCCCUAAUGAAGGUAGAAUUCUUUAAAAGGACAGAAAGAAUCAGUUCAUCACUUGGGGUCAGGUUCUUUUGCAAGGGGCAAGUUGACGAAGAUCAAGAUGAAGACCUUGAUUUUGUGCUGUUUGCUUUUUGGUAUUGCAAAUGCCCUGUACCUUGAGGGUGAAGACGACAGCCUAGAGGAUCGUCCAUCGAGAAGUGUCCAAGUGAAAUUUAUUAAAGGACCCCCUGGACCUCCAGGACCUCCAGGACCUCCAGGCCCAAGCGGACCAGUGGGACACACCGGCUAUCCUGGCCCAAAGGGACCAAAAGGACACCCAGGCAGACCAGGCAAACCAGGAAAAAAAGGACAACCGGGACACCCAGGACACCCAGGAUAUGACGGACUACCCGGUCACCCAGGGAAGCCGGGAAAACCAGGUAGACCAGGUAGGCCAGGUGAUAAAGGGAAACCCGGAAGACCCGGAAUACCCGGAAAACCAGGAAGACCCGGAAAACCCGGUAAGAAGGGACACCCUGGAAAAGAUGGAGCACCUGGACCAAAGGGACCUAAGGGACCCCCUGGACCAUACGGCAGACCUGGAAGGCCAGGAAGACCAGGCAAGCCAGGAAGACCAGGCAAGCCAGGAAGACCAGGCAAGCCAGGAAGACCAGGCAAGCCAGGAAGCCCAGGCAAGCGACAGAAAGAAUCAGCUCUGUACUUGGUGUCAGGUUCAUUUUCAAGUGACAAUUUGACGAAGAUCAAGAUGAAGACUCUGAUUUUGUGCUGUUUGGUUUUUGGCAUUGCAAAUGCCCUUUACCUUGAAAGUGAAGACGACAGCCAAGAGGAUGCAAGUUAUGGCUAUGGAUACAAAGUGAAAGUCAUAAAAGGACCCCCUGGACCUCCUGGACCUCCAGGCCCAAGCGGACCAGAAGGACCAGCCGGACCUCCUGGCCCAGAGGGACCAAAAGGACGACCAGGACGACCAGGCAGACCAGGGAAAACAGGACGACCCGGACGACCAGGAUUGGACGGAUUACCCGGUCGCCCAGGGAAGCGUGGAAGACCAGGACGCCCAGGCAGACAAGGUUUUCCAGGAAGACCAGGAAGACCUGGGAAGAAGGGAGAGCCCGGACUAGAUGGAGCACCCGGACCAAGCGGACCAAGGGGACCCCCUGGACCACGUGGCAUGCCCGGAAGACCAGGCAAGAAGUACGGGUAUUCAAAGAAACCAUGGCAUUAAUGAGAUGUCAAAAAUGAACGUUAAUAAACUUUGUUAGACUCUACAAACCAAGUGUGUAGUUUAUAUGGGAAUAACCUUAACAAUUUAGAGCGGUUGCUUUCAAUAGAGCAAUCAGUAUUAAGCAAACUUUUCGCAUUGAAA